UGAGUUUCCUCAAUGUGAGUACUUAAAGUAACUAAAUCGUAAACAAAAUUUAUACUAUAUUCUGACAACUAAUAAUCUAUUUAAAUUACAUUAAAGUAUGUGUGCUAAAAUUUAAUUAAAGACAGAAAUACUGUCAAGCCCUGUAAGCAUCUUGACAGAUCUACUGAAAUGGAACCCAUAUCGUAAAAUAUUUACAUAUAUGUGAUAGGCUACAGUGUUUCUGGGAGUGCUAUUCUGAAACUAAUUGUGGGCUUUUUUUCUUCCCAGUUUCCCGUUCAGUUGCAAUGGUCUCAGAAAGCAACACAAAUAAAUACCCAGAGCACUUUAUUUGGAUGAUUCUCCAGUGUACUGUUUACUGCUAAUCGCUCUCUCUGUACAACACUUGUCACUGUUGUGUUUUUAUUAGAAGUGUCUAUUUCCUCACUAAGUUAGUUUAGUACUGCUGUUAAUUCAGAAUUACACUGAGAACGCGGGCUCCCUGUGCAGCGGGGUGAUGUUGUGUAGCGUUUGUGGUGUGGCAGUCCUGAAUGUGCAGUCUGUAAAUCAACUUUCUUCUGGAUGUCUGGCCCAGAGCAUGGUGCUGCAGGCUCUCUUGCAUUGUUGUGACUGUUAAUUGAUUUUUUUCAGGUAGAAGGCGCUUAAGACUUUUUUUUUUUUCCCCAUAUUUUUGUAAUAUAUAUGGAAGUGUUUCCUGCAGUGCUGGCAUGUUCAUUUGCUGCUCAGGACCCCGACUGCAGCGCAUCUCCUUUGCGGUACCUGGUCCAGGCUGCUUUCAAGAUGAGGAGCGUUUUGCCCUGGAUGAAACUGGGUUUGGCUGAAAUUUAACAAGGACCAAAGUUUGGCUGGAAACCCACCCACUGGGAUUCUGCAUGUGGCCAGAGGUUUUGCUGGGAAGGUGCAGGAUGAGCUGUGCUUUCUCAUCUCCCGAUCGUGGGUCAGGGCAAACUCCCAGCUUUCCUUCUCAGGCAUGUCCUGGAGCUGCAGGGUUGCAGGAAGAAGAUGAGGAUUUGGGCAUGGAGAGGAGGAUGUGAUGGGAGUGUGGUGCUGGGGAGCUGAGCACCAACAGUCCGACAGAAGGUGGCACAGUUCGGCAGGUUGGCUGGAGCCUCUAACAGCAUCGUUAGUUUUCCCCUCUUCGCCAGACAUUUCCUUUCAUGUUGAAUCCAAGUUUUAGCUGUGCUUCCCGAUCAGUCUUGUCAUCUUGUUGCUAACAAUUAGGGUCAAGUGUCUUUCCUUGGGCUCUCCACAGUCUUCAUGUUGGUGUCCCUCCCCCAGCUCCUAGCCUAAGCUGUUUGUUCAUUAAUUAGUAGAUCGGACAUAUUAACACAUCAGUAAACCAGAGUAGUCAGACUUCCCAAGGCACCUCGGGAAACCCUCUCUGGUUUUAUGUGACUGGACAUGCACUAUUGCUGAUUUAGAUAGCGGAGCCGAUGAUGCCAAAGUGUUGUUAAGAGAGAGAUAAAUAGAGAGAGCCCAGCAGUAAGCAGAAUGUCAUGUCUCUAUUAAAAAGCUUGUGAUAAAGGAAGAUAAAAUGGUGAGAGGGGAUUGCUGGUGUGUUCAGAGCAGCCGCUAAACAUCUGAUCACAAAAAUCGAUGCUGAAUUCCCCUUCCUUCAAAACACUUGCUCGCAGAAUUAAUGUCUGAGCCCGGGUUUGAUUGCAGCAAGCGGUGGAGCCCUGAAAGGACUUUUGUUCUUGCCAAAAAGGCGGCCGGGGGUUCUCAGGGAUUCAGGAGCUGUCUGAGCUGGGAUUCAAACCUCGCUCCCUGGUUCCCUUUGAAGUGGCUGCCCCUCUUCCGCAGCAACGCGGUGUUCCCGGGACGCUGAUGAAGUUGUUCCAGGGCUCGUUACUCUGUGCUGCCUUAUACCUCGAUUUCCUCGGCGCUGUGGACACCUGCGUUUCUGUUGGUUCCUGUCUGGAGGUCGAUCCUUGACUUCACAGCAGAGUAAUAGCCAUGUGGAUUUUUAUAUAUUUGAAUCUUUUCCUCAGCUGGGUGCAGAAGCUGCUCUGCAGCAGUGAAAAAUGUAACUGAUUAUAAAGAAAUGAGUGGUCGCAGCAGAUGAGGGGGGAGCAGUAUUAAUUUUACUGGUUCUGUAAUGAAACAUGCAGUAAAAUGUUAAAUCAUCUCAGCCUUGUUUGCUGAAAGGAUGUUAAUCAUUCCAUUAAGAAGGAUUAAGCAAUUAACUGAUAUUUCUGUAGGAACCAGUGUCAGUUUUAAAAAGCAUCUUCCUGGUGUUGCACGGUGAAUGCGAAGUUUAUGUUUUUCCUUCUGCUUACCAGAGAGCUGGGAGGUGAGUGGGACACCUCUUCCCGAGAAACUUCUGGGAAGGCCAAGGUAGCAGAAAUAGGGGUUAUUUUGCAACUAAAGUGUGCUACUCUAAUAGUCUUUUGAUUGCAAGGGUGUCUUUUGUGACGUGGGUCAGCUGGGCCUGUUGCAAGCCUUAUUUCAGGGGCAGUCUGUUUGGGAUUAAGAAGUUAAAACCUUGAAGUGUUCAUCUGUGUGCUUUUUUUUUUUCUUUUUUAAUAAUAGCUUUUAUGUUGUAAUAGUCAGCUUGCUGAUAGUACGUCAUGAACUCUUAUCUUCCGUAAGCCUCGUGACAAAUUUUUGUUAGCCCGUCAGGCAGCUUUUAGCUCAUCCAGCCCAGUUCCCACGUUUUAUACUUGUGCUGGAAAGAAAAAAUUCAAUUAAAAUCAGUGGUGUAAAUCCUCCUUUCCUCCUGUGGCAGAAAUCCUCUUAAAAGCAGGGGCAGUGUAGGGGACAUGGGACAUCACGGAGCAGCUCCCAGCGUUGGGCUGUUUGGAGGAUGUUGAAGCUGGGUUCUACCAGAACCAGCCAGGUCUGGGGAAGGAUGCAGCCAGCAAGACUUUACGUGUGUUGAUGCUCAGUAGGGUCAAAAGUGCAUUUUGGAGAGGGUGCAGAUGGAGGAGCAGGUGGGCAAAGGAGAACAAUGUUAAUAUUUUUCAUCGUUUCAGUUUUGAAGGAUCAGGUUGAAGCCCCCGGACGGGGAGUGGUACCGGGGCUGGGGAAGCAUCUGUGUUGGCGCUGCUGCAUCCUGUGCUCCCGCGCUCGCUGCCUUUCUGCCAGGGCUUGAUCCAUUCUUUUGCCUUGACAGAGAUUGUGGAAUUUGGCAUUAAACUCAUCAAAUUGCUGCCGUUUCUUAUAUAAUGGUCUGAGCUUCUAAUAUCAUGGUUAGUGCUAGUGAAACUAUACCCAAACUGAAAUUUUCUAUGAGUGAUAUGAAUUUUGCCUGGCAAAUAGCAUAAUACAGCGACACCAAUUGUGUUAGUGUUGAUACUUUUUGCUUUCAUAACUGCUCUACUCAAAUUGGGCUUCUUCAGAUAGUAUCAUGCAAACUCUGUUGAUCAGUGUACUGUAUCUUAGCCUUCCCCCUCGGAUGAAUUUAAUAAGUAGGUAUAUUUCCAUGUAUAAUACAUAAGACAGCUAGAUUGUGCUUCAGUUAUGUGGCCUAAACCCCAGAUUCCUCUGCUGAAAUCAUGGGAGAUUCCUUGGGUGGACUGUGUUUUUUUUUUUUUAAAAAAGGUCCAUUUGGCUCAGAGAAUAAAAUCUUUGAAUAUUCAUGCGUGUAACAUAUAAUAAGAAUCUAUCUGGAUCUUUGUAUGGAACAUCAUAACUUAUAUCUACCUUGGCAGAUUUAGAAGAGAGAUUUUUCUUAGUAAGUUUUACAGUAAUAAUAAUAUAAACACUCGUGUUAACUUUAGUAAUUUACUUCAAUCAGGGAGUUGUCAGGUGCCCCAUCCUGUUCUGGUUAUUGCAUGGGUGCUGGGAAAAGGAGCCUCUGAAAUAGCUUGUAGGAAAUAAUUUUUGUUAGUUGUAAAUGACGUGCCUGUGCAUCGAUGUUCAGAUAAUGUAUAUUCUGUUUUUAAAGCUGCUGAGUUGUGCAUUUGGAAAAGUGAAAAUGUAUGUUUCUGUGAUAAAUUACUCGAUACUUAAAAGGCUUUGAAAGAGGAAUGUCCAAAGUAUGCAGUGUAAUUAUUGUUUGCCUAAGUAUUUUAAAGUUAUUCUCUGGCUAUCGCAUCUGAGUUUUCUGAAGGCCAGUGAUGUAGGGAAUGAGGGUCUUAUUCAGGAAACCUUUCUGAUCCAUCAUUUCAGUUACAGGAUUUAACUGAGAAUGGGAGAAGCUAAUUUUGGUAUAUUUUAGCUGAUAUUGUACUGUGUACAUUUGUUCUGAUUUUUUUUGUCUUUGCUCAGAUAAAAGCAGUAUGUGCAGCAUUCAAAAACCACACUUUUGUGAAAGCUGAAAUGGAACAUUACCUGUGAAUUAAACUAAAAUAUCUUGAGCCUACCCAGAAUAUUCCUAGCAUUAAAGAGUUGGAGAAGACUAGGUAUUUUGUAUUUAUUUUUCAAAUUGGCUGGAAUAUGGUCUUUCUGGAACAGGGUCCUUGGACGGUUGAAAGGGAAACCUGAUUUUUCAGCGAGCACUUUAUAUUUGCUGAGGAAUUCUGGUUGCGCAGAAGCGUGUUGCAUGGGAAUGGAAAUGUAUUAAAUAGGAUUUUUAGGGAUUAUAAUAGAUGCCAUUAGAUAGAGGCAUGCUCAUAGAGAUGUAAACUAGUAAAUCUCAACAAACUGAAAAAUAGUAGCUAUAGGCAUCUGGCUCUGUUAUCAAACUUGCUGCAUAAGCCAGAGUUUAUGCACUGUGAUAAUGCUAAUGACCAACAGAGCCAAUGAUGCAUGACUGGAGGAAAUCAGUGGUAUAAUCAGAGAAAGUUAUCAGGUUUUUGUCAUUAAAUAUUAGUGAUAAAUAAUACGCUUCAUUUUUAGUAGAUAGGACGUAUUUAAUUCUGAUGUGGAGAGUUUCAAUUUAAUUAGGGGCAUUGCUGAGGAAAAUUACAAUCUUUUGUAAUUUAAAGGGAAAAAUAAAAAUGCAUUUGUUUCAGCAUAACCUCCCAGCAGCUGCCGUCCACUGCUGUUUGUCUUCACUGGUGUCUGCAUCUCUGCAGCUAGUUGAGGUGGCUGUUUACAGCAGCGUGUUUCAUCUAAGUUAUUAGAUGUGCAACACAGAACUAAUUACGAGUCCAUAAUCAAAUGGUUUCUGUUUAGUAUAAACUAGGCAUCAUCUUUCAUUUUCUGCUUAAAAAUGUGAAUAUUGCAGCAAAUCUAAACUGUGUGCUCUGUGUGGUGGUUUCCCUAGAAAACAGCCUGCCUGUCCAGGCAGUAACAGGAGGGAAGGGACGAGGACAAAAGAUACUGAUAAAUUACAUCUCUUUUUGCAAGUUAUCUUUUAAGUCAGUGGGAGAACAAGGAACAGAAGUAUAGCUUAAGCUGAAGUAAGAGGGAUAUUAAUAGUCUCUAUAAAGGACAAUUUGCACCAGGGAAAAAAAAAAAAUCUUGCUGGCUUUUUUUAGUGAAACAGGCUAACACUCAGUGUAAAUCUGUGUCAUUAGCUGAAGCAGUGUGUGAUUUUUAGAGCAUCACUUUUCCUCUCGUGAGCCUUUGCCUGCAAAGGUUCAUCCCCAGGGCCAGAGGCAGAUGCGGCUCAGUAUCUUCCUUGGGGAAACUUCACUUGCCAGCUGCAGGACUGUCAGCUUGUGGCCCUGUUUAAGCAGAUAUCGCCAGUUUUGCCCAGCGAGUGACUUUGUAACGUGGCCAGGAUCUUCCCACCACCUCUCAGAGUCGUGCUCGAACACAGAAUCUCAGCUCGCUUUUCCAGAAUUAGAUGGCACAGUGAGUAAACACAGCGCGCUUGCCAGUUCUCACAUCCUCUUUUGCAGCGAGUGUUGCAGCAAAUCCUGCAGGUUUGACUCAUCUCUGAAGUUCUUCACUGAUUUAAAGCAGAUCUUGUCUGGCUUUUGAGAAAGAGCUGGAAGUCUCACCACAGCUCCUGAGCUCACUGUCCUUCUGCACAUGAACGCAGGGUGCUUGGGUUGGCCUCCGCACAAACUUGGGCAGCUCUGAGGAACUUUGGCUGGAGUGUGUGCCUGUGUCUAAAGUCUCCUGAGAACAUUUUUUCUGAGUGACUCCGGCUUCCAGACACAUUUGCCAUGAUAAGGGUUUCAAUCCUUUCCCGUAUUUGCCCUGAGUCAUAAGUGGAUAUGUGUGAUGCCUGCAAGUAAAACUGGGUAAGAAGAGUGACCUUUUUGGGUGGCUGUGAUUGAAGAUUGCUUAACAGGAGCAACUGAGGAAGGUUUUUGAGUCAUGAUGCAAGAAUCUGGGACUGAGACAAAAAGUAAUGGUUCAGCCAUUCAGAAUGGAGCGAGCGGUGGCAACCAUUUACUAGAGUGCAGCCUGCGGGAAGUGCGAUCAAACGGCGAGACACCUUCAGUUGAAAUUGGGGCUGCAGAUUUAGCACAUCUUCAGCAACAGCAGGCUCUCCAGGUGGCACGGCAGCUUCUACUGCAACAACAGCAGCAGCAGCAACAGCAGCAGCAGCAGCAGCAACAAGUUAGUGGAUUAAAGUCUCCGAAGAGGAAUGACAAACAGCCAGCCCUUCAGGUUCCAGUGUCGGUGGCUAUGAUGACACCUCAAGUGAUCACUCCCCAGCAAAUGCAGCAGAUCCUCCAGCAACAAGUGCUAACUCCCCAGCAACUCCAAGUCCUGCUCCAGCAGCAGCAGGCACUCAUGCUUCAACAGCAGCAGCUUCAAGAGUUUUAUAAGAAACAACAGGAACAGUUGCAGCUUCAACUUUUACAGCAACAACAUGCUGGAAAACAGCCUAAAGAGCCCCAGCAACAGCAGGUGGCUACACAGCAGUUGGCCUUUCAGCAGCAACUCUUACAGAUGCAGCAGUUGCAACAGCAGCACCUCCUGUCUUUGCAGCGUCAGGGGCUGCUAACGAUCCAGCCUGGCCAGCCUACUCUGCCUUUGCAACCCCUUGCACAAGGCAUGAUUCCAACAGAACUGCAGCAGCUCUGGAAGGAAGUGACAGGCUCGCACACGGCGGAGGAGGCAGCCAGCAACAACCACAGCAGCCUGGACCUGUCCACCACCUGCGUCUCCUCCUCCGCGCCAUCUAAGACCUCCUUAAUCAUCAACCCGCACGCCUCAACUAACGGACAGCUAUCGGUCCACACUCCUAAACGGGACAGUCUAUCCCACGAGGAGCACUCACACAGCCAUCCGCUCUAUGGACAUGGUGUAUGCAAGUGGCCAGGCUGUGAAGCAGUAUGUGAAGACUUCCAGUCGUUUCUAAAACAUCUCAACAGUGAGCAUGCGCUGGAUGAUAGAAGUACAGCCCAAUGUAGAGUACAAAUGCAGGUUGUACAGCAGUUAGAGCUACAGCUUGCAAAAGACAAAGAACGCCUGCAAGCCAUGAUGACACACCUGCAUGUGAAAUCAACCGAACCAAAAGCCGCCCCUCAGCCCCUGAAUCUGGUAUCGAGCGUCACGCUUUCCAAGACUGCAUCCGAGGCGUCUCCGCAGAGCUUACCUCAUACUCCCACCACCCCGACUGCGCCCAUCACUCCCGUCACGCAGGGACCGUCAGUCAUCACUACCACGAGCAUGCACAACGUCGGACCCAUCCGGAGGCGGUACUCGGAUAAAUACAACGUCCCCAUUUCUUCAGCAGAUAUUGCCCAGAACCAAGAAUUUUAUAAGAACGCAGAAGUUAGACCACCAUUCACGUAUGCAUCUUUAAUUAGACAGGCCAUCCUCGAAUCUCCAGAAAAACAGCUAACACUAAAUGAAAUCUACAACUGGUUCACGCGAAUGUUUGCUUACUUCAGACGCAACGCAGCAACGUGGAAGAAUGCAGUGCGUCAUAAUCUUAGUCUUCACAAGUGUUUUGUGCGAGUAGAAAACGUUAAAGGGGCAGUAUGGACAGUGGAUGAACUAGAGUUCCAAAAACGAAGGCCACAAAAGAUCAGUGGUAACCCUUCUCUUAUUAAAAAUAUACAGACCAGCCACACCUACUGCACACCUCUCAAUGCUGCUUUACAGGCUUCAAUGGCUGAGAACAGUAUACCUCUAUACACUACUGCUUCCAUGGGAAAUCCCACUCUGGGCAAUUUAGCCAACGUGAUGAGGGAAGAGCUUAAUGGUGCAAUGGAGCAUACGAACAGUAACGGGAGUGACAGUAGUCCAGGACGUUCCCCUAUGCAAGCGAUGCACCCCGUGCAUGUCAAAGAAGAACCGUUAGAUCCAGAUGAAAAUGAAGGCCCACUCUCCUUAGUGACAACAGCCAACCACAGUCCAGAUUUCGAUCACGACAGAGAUUAUGAAGAUGAACCUGUAAAUGAGGACAUAGAAUGAGUAUGUCUAACAUCAUCCUGAGAAUGAAGAUUGGAAGAACACGUCAAACUUAGCUGUGAAAUCUCUCCAUUAUUUGUACAGCCUGGAGGAUUCUCAGUCCACUUUGACAACUAUGACAUAUGUUAACUCUUAGUGCCAUCAAGUAUCCCAUUUGGGAGUAUUUUUGAUUUUUCUACUUUUUGUUGAAAAAAGGAAUUUGUACUCUGUGCAUUGGAUGGACUUGUUUGGUACUUGGGAUUUUCCUCUCUUACAGUCAACAUCAGUGUUGUAAAUUUGCUAAACUGAUUCACUUGCAUUUAGCAGCCAGCUGUGGACUGCAGGUCCUGCCAAUUUUGGACACUUGAGGACAUCAAACUGAGCAUGUACACCUGAACUGCAGAUCAAGUCUUUGCCCAGAUUUUAAGGAUUCCAAUGGACAACAUAUUUGCACAGUACUGCAUGUUGAUUAUCACUGCCUUUACUCCAUUUUUUUCGUUGUUUUCUUUUUUUUCUUUUUUUUUUUUUCGCUUCCAUUUGGGCUGGGGAAGGCCUGUGUGUGCACGUGUGUGGGUCUGCGUGUGUGCGUGUGAGCGUGUGUGUUGGGGAGGGGUUACAAGAAAAAAUUAUCCCAAACUUUUUAAUGUAUUGCUUUUAUUCCCCCGCCUCACGUCUUCUCUACCAUUUUAAGUUCUGACCUCAGGCCUCAUCUGGGCCCAGGGCCUCUCAGAGGCUUCAGCAUUUUCUGUACUUUGUGAUGAAUGUUAAUAGGUGUUUUUAUUAUACGAAGCUGAAUGUCAUUGAAUUGUUUGUAGUUUUUUCUGUCAUUCAUUCCAGUUUCCUUCAGAUGCCACCAUGUUUUCUUUAGCUAUGGAAAACAUUCCAUUUCGGUGUCUCCUUUUUUUUGGUGUUGUUUUUUGAAAAGGUUCCAAAUGCUGCACUAUACAUGUGGAAGGGUUGUCCAACGGAGAGAGAGGAACGAAGUACUGCAAGAAUGAGAAUGAAUGACAGAUGAACAUAGAAACACUGUAGGAAGCAACACAGAUUCAUUCCACAAAGCAGUAUUUUUAACAUUUUAUUGUUGUUGUUUGGGUUUUUUGAUUUAUUUUAUUAUUUUUUUUUGGCAGCAACGGUGAAUAUUAGCAAAUGCCACAAAAUUGAACAGCACAAAGAAACAUAUGCAGCACCAACAGAGUUCACUUUUAUUAGAGGAUGAAUAGUACAGUGGCAGGUUCUCGGUUGUUUAACGCAAGUUCUGAUGGGUCAACAAAUCUUUCUGGAAUAUCUAAGAUUACCGAGAUGGGCACCUAUACAUUUAUUAUUACGAUUUUGUUUUUCUUUUUGCAUUUGCAAAUAGUGGUUGGAAAGAUGACUUCGUUAAAUUGUUAUUGUACGUGGUGAUGUUUCACGGUUAAACAUCAGUUCAGGAUUGCUUGGUGGCAUUAAUCUGUUUGAAUACAAAUUAGAUUUCAGAUUGAACUUGUUACAGGAGUUAAUAAGGCCGGAGCCCCACGAAUGCUAAAGUGUUAAUUUUCAGCUGUGCAAAUCCAGUACUGCAGUUAAGAUUGUUCUGCAAUAUUACACCAGCCAGUAUGGAAACCUCGCCGUAGGAGACAGGAGAUCGAGGAGGGAAUUCACGCCGGGGCUUGUUAGGGAAAACUGGCAAGGCUCUUCAAAGCAAACACGACAUACAAGAUUUGUUGCGAUAGGUCAGUAAACCUCAGUCACCAAACACCUAAACAUUUUCAUUCUGCAACCACUUUUCCGUCACUCAUUUAUUUAUGUAGGACUGUAGCUUUUUUAUUAUUUCAAGAAGCCUUUCAGAGCUUAAUUUAUAUUCUUCUUUGUACCUUUUUUUUUUCCUAAAAUUACCAAAGAUAUUACACAAAGGUAAAUUAUGUUCUCUGUUAUAUGCUUUAUCUUAUGAAGCCAAAUAUCCUCUUAUUGUUGAUCAAAGGAGGUUGAAGAAUUUAGAGGGAAAUGACAAGAUGUGGGCUAUUGCUAACCUGAGAGGGAAACUGCUCCUUUAUUCUAGAAAAUUUAGAAGGCCAAGUAAAUGUCUGAACCAAAGUUGUUACUUUUUAUUUGCAAUUCUUUACAGUGACCAAAAGGAAAGUCUGUAAAAGAGGAAUCGAGGAGGGCUUUUGAGGCUAAAACUAGGAAUCAGUGUUACUAGUGUGAGAAGGGAGCUGGAGAAAGCAAAGACACAGUUAUUUAGCGGAAAAUUAGAGUAUCAGAUAAAGGAGGCAGUUUAAUAAAACACAGAAGAGAACAGAAAAGCUCCCACAAUUUAACUGGACCACAUAAUAGUAUUUCUAGAAUUAAAUGAAAAGAAAAAUUUGGUAGUCUUUGGUUCUACAGGUUGUGUGCCACUUCUGUUUCAGGACUGUGCUAGGAUGACUGCUUUAAUUUUGGUUGAUCUUGGCACGUUUGCUCAGUUUUGUUUAGUUUUUGGUCAGCAUUUUUCAUAAGGAAAUAACACUCCUGUCCACUCAUAAGCUUUGGUACAAGAAAUUUUAUUGGCAGUUACUUUUAUAAAACUCAACUCUGCUUUCUGUUUCAAAAGACAAAAGAAAAAAAGGGCAGUCUGUGGUCAUUUGAAACAUUUUUUUUUGUUCAUUUAAAUUAUAUCCAGGCAGCUUCGUGACGUGCCGGCGGUAGCCAGACAGGGAUCAUGAGAAUUGAGCCCUGUGCUUCUAAACUGAGUGGUUUGCUGGUUAGUUCGGUAUUCAGAAGGGGAUAAAAAUCCGGUAGAUUAGUUCAUUCUCAGCAUGUGUAGCUAGACAUGAGUAAAGAUAACAGCAUGAGAAACUGUUAGUACGCAUACCUCAGUCCAAACUGUUAGGGAAUGAGUAAAUAAAAGAUACAUUUCACUCAGUUGCACUUAGUUGUAUGUCUUGCAUGCUUAGUCUAAAGACUGUAGCAAAAAUUAAAAAAAAAAUUAAAAAAAAGAGAAAAAAAGAAAUAAAAAAUUAGAUUUUAACAUAUCUGGCAGGUGUCGCAGCCUUGCGGAAGAACCAACUGAAAAUCUCAGGCUUUACAUCAAGCAAACUUCACUAUGAUUUUUACAAUUCUGAUUCUGUAUCCCUUUGGAUAUCCAGUUGCUUCGUUAGGGAGGGGUUUAUUAUGUUGUACAUAUAUAUCCCACUGUGUCUGUGUGAGCCUUUGUCUUUCGGGGGGAGGGUGGGGAGGGAGAAAAAGGUGGAAAGGUCCUUUUUUUAGAUAUCGUUCCUCAAAAGGAAUAAAUGCAGACCUGUUUGUCAAAACACCUUUUGCUUUUUGUGCAACUGCUUUAUAUUAACUAUACUAAAAAAAUAGCUUUGGAAAAAAAAAACUACUGUAUGUAAUGGAAUUGCAGAAUACGCUGCACAUGUAUUUUAUUUAGUUAUCCUUGCUUUGAGAAUAUUGGAUGACAUUUGCUGACAUGUGGGAGAAAAUCCCUGACUUUUUUGUUUUCAGCUUUUAAAUUGUAACAUAGUUGACAGAUUUUUUUUCUUCUCCUGUUAUCAUCGAUCGAAGCGUUUUUGUACAGUUUUUGUGUUUAAGCUGGUUUUUUGAUACUUUCCCACCCCUUCUGUUCUCUUCCCACUGCCUUUUCUGGCUGUCUUCAACAAACUUCGUCUAUUUGAAAGGAAAAAGAAAACGUCGUUUAAAACCAACAAAAACAAACUGUUUUUCUCCUGCUGCAGUAAAUAUUUUGCAUGAUGAAUUCCAGGGUCACACUUUCAAAGUUUAUCAGUGAAGUAGUGAUUAAUAACGGGGAGUGUCAGACUAUUGAACUUUUGUAUAAAAAACAACAAAAAAAAAACUUUACAAGGUGCCAAGAUGUAAAGACAAUUUGUUACAUGUUUUUUUUCUCAAAGAAAAGCGUACAUUAUGAAAGUAGUACCAUGUAUCAGGUAAAAUCGCUGUCAGGAAUGAGAGUCAAAGCCUUCCUUGUCCACAAAAAAGAAAAAAGUUUGUAAAUGUAAAACCUGUUAGGUUUCUGCAUUCAGCUAGAAGUGAAACGAAAAAUCAAGGCUUAUGUAGAAUAAGUGACCACACAAAACGUGACCUUAAUUGAUUCUCUCUCGCAAGAGUCCGGCCGCAGGUCCUGCCCUCCCCUCUCCUGGAGCUCCUGCCCCAGGGAGACACCAGCGCAGGGAUUCUGGUUCUGCAAAUGUUGAAGAUCAUUAGAUAUUUUAUAUAUAUACUUACAUAAAUAUAUAUCUAUGAAGAUUUUAAAAAUAAUUUUGAACUAUUGCAGUUUUCAGGUUGCCGAUAAUCUCACCUCCAUUAUAGCAUGGGGAAAAAAAAAAAGAAGUGUUUAAACUUUUGAAAUCCUUUGGUACCUUUGGUUAAUGAACUCAGAGUGGGUUUUUAGAUGUUUCAGAAGUCAUUUAGUAUUCUAGCCUUGCGAGGUGAAUUUGCAGUUAGCGACUGCGUUUUAAUGGGCCCAGAACAGGUAAAAAAGUAUCUUCUACCCAUAAGCCUUGAUGACAAUGGUACAGUCCAGACUGUUAGCAUGGUGCUUCGUGUCUAUGUGCUGCCAGUAACAAGAUUUAUUUUUUUUUUUUGAUAAGGCAUAAAAGAAACUCAUUCCUUACAUCAACUGUAAUUCCAUCAUUCCAUGUCUGUUGAUACAGACAAUAAAAAAUGUUGUGUAGUCAGUACUAAUUACUGACAUUAUAGCAUUCUCAAAUGCAAUAAAAAUGCUGGUUGUUCACACUGGUAA